CCAACGCUCAUUCUACGGUUUAACCAUCAGCGUUGUUCGAUCGCUCGGAGUUCGGCUGGUCGCCGGGGCCGUUCGAUCGCUCGGAACUCGGCUAGCCCUUAGUUACGGACGGUCGUUGUUACCAGGAGGAGACUUCUAUGACGUAACAGCCUGCCUGAUUAGCACUUCUACCACUACUGAUGCACAGAGGCAACACCUUCCAAACCCUUGACUUCUACCAUCUAGAAGACAAAGGAAGCAGAGGUGUGGGAACACUACUAUUCUUGGGCUUCCUUCCAGGUGACAUACUGUCCUGAAUUGGAACUAUAUUGCUGUUCCUUCACUGCUUCGUGAAAAUACUGGAACACCCUUCUGAAUAGCACCAGAUAGACUACAGUGGUUCAAGAACGCCGCUCACCAUCACUUUCUCUGAGCAACUGAAAAGAUGCCAGGACAUUUAAUUCUUGUUCACUGUCAUUUGUGAAGUUUCAGUGGUCAUUAGAAGAAACCAAAAUAAGGCAUGGAAGAAGCACAUGGCCCACUGCUAAAUGAGGAGCUUUACAGCCAACUGAGUGAAUCAAAGAAACCAGAGUUUGUUUUUGAAUGGCUUCGAUUCUUAGAGAAAAUUUUGGUGGCUGCCAGCAAGGAUGAUAUUAAGGAGAAGCAAACGAAGCUUGUGGAACAGCUGACAUCCUUAUUGGAGAGCUCACCAGGCCCACCUGUCCGCAAGCUGAUUGCCAAGAAUCUGGCCUUGUUAUAUAAUGUUGGUGACACUUUCUCUGUAUAUAAAACUAUUGACAAGUGCAAUGAAAUUAUCAGAAGUAAGGAUGACUCACCAAGUUACUUACCAACCAAACUGUAAGUGAUUUAUUUUCUCCAGAAGGAUCAUGGUUUUGGCAAUGCCACGAAUUUGAGUACUACUAUCGUAUUUUAGAGCAAAGCUAAUGUAGUUACAUUAAUGAAGGCUGUAGAGGAUAAAGACUCAAUCUGUGUUCUAUGAUCCAAAGAUGUAAAUUUCUUUUAUGUAA